AUUAGUCAAAGAAAAGAAGUUAACUGGAUUCAGGUCUGUUGUUGGUACUCUAAAUCAUAGUUAGCUUAGGUUUAACUUCAUCUUCUGUUUUAUUGUGUUAUGGCUACACAUUGUCAUAUCUUUGGUUAAAAAAUAAUAUAUAUAUAUUUAAUUAAUAGCUUAUUUUUCUUACCUUUAUGUAUUUCAACGGUGUCAUACUUCGUCCUAGUGCUACAACCCAUGAUUGUUUUUGUUGUUGAUCAGUCUUAGUUAUUUUCCCAGUCAUACAACGACUUGUUUUAUUCUAGAAAAUGUUGGUUUUGUGUGACAGACAUUUUAAAACCCAGAUUUACUCAUUCAGUAUCACAGUUGACAAGCAAAUAUGCACAUUUCAGGGGCAGAAACAGAUAAACGUUUGACAAAAAUGAGACUAGACAUGACCACUAAUAGACUUGAACUGACCAAAUAAACAGAAAACAACCACAAAGAGGUGACAAGUUACUCUUAAUCGUCUUAAAAUGACCAAAGAAACUAUAUGACAAAACUUAUGACAAAUAGACAACAAACAACCACAAAGAGGCAAGAACAGAUCAAAGAAACUGAAAGCAACCAUAGAGAGAUGAGAAAUUACUUCAAAUAAACUACAAAUUACCAUAAGAAGACUAGAAAUGACCACUAAUAGACUUGAACUGACCAAAAAAACUGAAAAUUGUCAAAGACAGAUGAGAAAUUAUGGAAAAUACAAUAAAAAUGACGACAAACAGGUGAGAAAUGACUCCUAAUAGACUAAAAAUGGCCUUAAAUAGACUAGAAUUGUCCACAAACGGACUAGAAUGUACUGAAACUCAUCAGCAGUGAAUAGAAAUUGUACGAAACGCUCCAUGUUUCCAGAGGGAGCCGAUGUUGAUGGAGCCCGCCGACCCGGAGGCGUCAUGGAUGCCGUGGACGAUGACCUGAGGAUGAGGUGGUUGAUGGAGGUGGACGGGUGGAGAGGGCAGGAGGAUGAGGAGGAGCUGGUGGAGGUGCUGCUGAGAGGCAAAUCCCCCUGGGGCUUCACCCUGAGGGGGGGCACCGAGCACCGAGAGCCCCUGGUCAUCACCAAGGUGGAGGAGGGCAGUGUGGCAGCGGCGGUCCGUCUCCAGGCCGGUGAUGAGAUGGUGAGCGUGAAUGCAGUUCCCCUCAGCGGCUCUCGUCAGGAGGCCAUCUGCCUGGUGAAGAGCUCCCACAAGACCCUGACGCUGGUGGUCCGAAGAGCUAAAAUGGUUGACGUUGUGUCACCACGUACAAUGCCGUCAGAAACCGAUGUGGCGAGGAGCUUUCUCACCAAGAUUUUGCGAAGCUCCAUGAGGAAGAACCGCUUCAAGGGGAAGAAUGAUCCAGGCUUGCGGCCCCAUUCCUGGCACUCCUCCAAGCUGACAGAAGAGGACUCCGAGCCGGCCGGGAGAGAGGCCGCCCCAGCACCAGUCUGGCAGCCAAAACAUGAAGCAAGGCCCAAAGAGUCAGCCGCUCAAGGGGACCAGAACACCCAGCAUCAGCUAACCAGUCAGUUCAGCUCAGUGAAAAACAUGGAGAGACUGGAGCGUCCCUCCCAUCCCUACUCACCAGCUCGUCUUUCCCCAACUAAAUACAUCAGCAGUGCUGAGCCGCUCUCUGGACCAGGAGGCAAAAGAGACACUGGGGUCAGCUGCUUCUCCAGCGGUUCCAGCCCUCCUGUUCUUGACCCCAGCACACCUGGUCGGAAGGGAACCAGCACCGAGAACAUUUUCUUCAAAGGCCUUCAGAGUGAAGGACCUCAGCAGACUGAGCGUCCCAGGUACCUGCAGCCAGCACUGGGGAACGGAGGCUGGGAGGGGUCAAGGGCAGAGGAUCAGCCUGCUUCUCGGGUUUCCUUUCCAGGGAGGCCAAGCAUUGGUCCAGUGUGGCAGGUACCAGAGAAGAAAAAGUCCCAGUCACCUCCUCCUCCACCUCCUCCCCUACGCAGUGACAGUUUUGCAGCCACAAAGGUGUUUCCUUACUCUGAAGGGCCCAGUGGUCCAGCAAAGAGCCAUGGCAGAUCAAGUGAAAAACUGACAGAAACCAACAACCACAAUGGCCUCAGGUCUCACCAGGAUAAACCCUCAGAGGUCAGACGUAGCUUCAACCCUUUGCCCACCAAAGACUUUCACCAUCCCAGCACGGCAGCUGACCACAACCAUAACCAGCUGCACCCCAACAAACUCUUCUCUUUAUCCAGCAACGACGUCAGACAGUCUCAUUACAGCCAACUUCCUGCCCACCAGAGGCAGUACAGUGACGAAAGCCCCUUCUACUUGCAGACAAGAACAGCUCCUCCCACUAAGACUCAAAGCGUAGGAAGCUACUACCGCAGCCUCCAGGAUCUGCCCACAAACGCUUUCAGUCGCAAACAGAUACGAAACUCUACAGCAUCCAUGACGAGUUUUGUUGCAAACCCAAACCUGGAGAGUGGGAGGCACAACAGAUACUGGCAAGGCCUAAGUAAGCAUUCGGUUCAGACUGCUGAGCACAAAGCCUGGCAGGGCAAAUCAGAGGGCUGGAGGGGGGAAACAGAGAAACCCCUUUGGGUAAACAGCAACGAAGCAGGCUUUUCAAGUUCCAUGAAGACAAACGUUAAGGGAAAGUACUCUCUACCUCAGUCCCAGAUGCCUUACUGCGAAAAUAAGGAGCGCAAUGGUCAUUCUCAUUUGGGGAAUGGUCUAUACUACGACCACCAGGCUUCUGAAUGUUCUGUUCAAAGCCGAAGCCCAGAGGACACUGCAAAAAGAGGCGAAGGACAUUCUAAUGACAUGAAAAGACACUACUCAACACAUCAAAGUAGUGAUCAUAAGAUUAAUAUUUCAAGGCACCAGGACCCCUGGGUACCUCAAGAAGAUAACAGAAUAUCCCCCCUGAAGACGCCCCUUCUUCACUCCCUGGCCCAAGAAAGUAGGGGUCUGUCAGAGAGGCAACCAUCAGCCUCCACCACAAGUGUGAUGCCCACCCAGGACCCCGGUGACACCAUGGCUGCCAGCAAUGGAAAAGCAAAUCGCCGCAGUGACCGCUAUGCCACCACCCUCCGCAAGGAGAUCCAACAGAAGCGAGCCCAGCUGCAAAAGAGCCGCAGUGCUGCAACCCUGACUUGUGAUGCAGAAGAUGAAGAAGCAGAGGAGUGGAGAUCAAUGGAGACAUCUACAUCUUCUGGUGUCUCCUUCUCAAAUACCUACAAGGACCACUUAAAAGAAGCACAAGCCAGGGUGCUCCAGGCCACCUCCUUCCAGAGACGGGACUUGGAGCCUCUGGGACCAGAGGCACCGGUACUUAAAACCAACGGACGCAUCAGAGGACGUAAGCGGUUCCACCUGGCAAAGAGGACGCACUCCUUUUCAGAGCCUGACAAGAUAGACAAAGUGGGAGUGGAGGGGGAGUCCCAGACAGGCUCAUUUGGUGAACGAAGGAAGUUGUUUGAGGCCAAACCGGCCUUCUCGAGGCCUGUGCUGAAGUUGGGUCAGAACUUGAACACAGAUCUCGAUGAGACAGGCAAACCCAAAGAGAGCUCUCCUCCCAGAGAGCCAGAGGAGACUAACCCAUCCACAGACCCCAACCACCUCAGUCCUGGACAUGUGUUACUGGAGCAGCAGAGGCUCGGGACCUUCGCUGAGUAUCAGGCCACAUGGAACAAGCAGAAGAAGUCAUUGGAAGCCAAGACGCAAGGGAGAUAUCACUCAGCGGAGAACAUCUUAGAUGCAGGUGCUGAAGAGAAGGCCAUCUGCAUCCAUGAGAGAUCCAGAUCUUCUCCUUCUGCUGACUUCUGUACACAGAAUAUUCCUUCUCCAUGGAGGGACCCUCAGGCCCAGCAGAGCAGUUUGUCUUUUUUGACCUCCAGAGGGAAGGCGGAGAGCCGGCUGUGGUGUGAUCCCGACCACAGCCCACAGUUGCUCCCGUCGCUCCCCAGAAACGAUGGCCUCGUCCCAGGCCUCUCCGACCACAGGACCAAACCGGACGCAGCCAGUCCCUCCCACCCCACACUCUCCUCUGGGCCUCGCAGCCUCAGCCCCAGCCCUGGCUCCGAGCUCCCGGCCCAGCCUCCGCAAACCAAGAGCCUGCUGCCGCCACCCAGGCCCCAUUUAGGCCCAGAAACCACAUCCUUGUCCCAGGAAUUCCUCGCUGGCGCCCAGGCAAACCCGGCGGCUCUCCAGCCUCCGUCCGGCUCUGCCUCCGACGCCCAGCACCAUGGUGCUGCCCGGGCCUCCUCCUCCGGCCCCACCCCGGCCAGCUCUCCUCACCUCAGCGGGACGCCCGGACCAGACAUGAGUAAAGGAGGCAAUGAGGAGGAGAAGGAGAAGGAGCCGCCACCUUCCUGUUCCUCAUCCCCAUUUCCUACCUGCACGGCCGCUCUGACGCUUCCCUCGGCGGAUGGAGUUCGGUCUCCGUCGCCACAGUUCGCGCCACUGAGGCUGACCGACAAACCACCCACCGUGUCCGUGCAGGACGAGUCAGCGCUCAGGUCAGAAAAUGAACCGGUGAUGGAGGUGAGCAGUCCGGUGAGGAAAGUCCCGGUGAAGAUCGUCCACGCCGAGAGCAGCUCUGAGCGGGAAGGUCGGGCCUACCUGCCUCAGAGCAGCGACACCGGCAGCAUCUUCCAGCCUCCGUCACAAAUCCCCUCCCUGAGCAUCUCCGAGCGCCCGGCCUCAUCCCUGUUCAGCGCUUACACCCGCCAGGCUCCGGCACCGGCCCAGGAACCCGGCUCACCAGGGGCCCAACGCUCAGAGGAAGACGCCAAGAGGGAGGAGCUAGCGAGGGACAUCAUGGGCAAAGACAAGUCCCUGGUGGACAUCCUGGACCAGAGUGGCAGGAAGACCACCAUGGACCUGAUGGAGGGACUCUUCCCUACAGAGGAGCAGAUCCUGGAGGGGGCCCAGCAGCGCAGGAGGGCCUCUGCUGGCUCCAGGCUGCCCACCUCAUCCCCCAGGAGGGAGGAGGAGGAGGUGUCUGCAUCAGCGGCUGCCUCUCUGGUUCCCAGCUCCUCCUACUACAACACAUCAGCUCCCAAAGCUGAGCUCCUCAUCAAGAUGAAGGACAUGCAGGAGCAGCUGGAGGACCAGGACUCCGAGGAUGAGCUGGAUGUCGACCUGGCCAGUAAAAAGCAAGAGCUGAUCUCCAGCCUGGCGAGGAAGCUGGAGGUGCUGCGGGAGGCAAGACAGAGCCUGCAGGAGGACGUGGAGGACAACGAGGCUCUGGGCCGGGAGGUGGAGGCCACCGUGCAGCGACUCUGUCAGCCCAACCAGCUCGAUAAGUUCCGCAUGUUUGUGGGCGACCUGGACAAGGUGGUGAGCCUGCUGCUGUCGCUGUCAGGGCGGCUCGCCCGGGUGGAGAACGCCCUCAACAGCCUGGAGGACGAGGCACCGCCGGAGGAGAAGCGAACCCUGACAGAAAAGCGGAAGCUGCUGAUGCGGCAGCACGAAGACGCCAAGGAGCUGAAGGAGAAUCUGGACCGCCGCGAGCAUCUGGUUUCCGGCGUCAUGGAGGCUCACCUGGACGCCGAGAGCCUGGACGACUACAGACACUUCGUCAAGAUGAAGUCGGCCCUCAUCAUCGAGCAGCGCAAACUGGAGGACAAGAUCAAACUGGGCGAGGAGCAGCUGAAGUGCCUGGUGGACAGUCUGCCCCUGGAGCAGAGGCCACCGCUCUGAUGAGUUCACCUGAAAACGCAUCCACAUGAUGGGUAAAGCUUUGGACACCAGAAGGCUGGAGGAGAGCCGAGACAUGUAGCAUUUUUAACCUAAAUCGUCUUGUUAAGUUGUGUAUUUGUAAUGCUGGUGGUAUUGCUGUCGUUUGUCACCAGUUAAUGUGUGGCUUUUCAACCAAAUAGAAGCGAGGAACUAAGUCAGAGGAUUUAGACCGGCAAUAAUUUUAAAAAACGAUGGCGUCUUUGAGGCCCGAUUUUUUUUUUUUAAUCAUAACUAGACACGAACACAGAUGCUGUGUUGUCAUUUGUAUUUAACUGAUGUGAUUUGUCCAGAGUGUCCAAGAGAGUGUUUUGUUUUGUGCAGCUUAACAGAACUGAGCAACCUUUUAUCCUUUAGAUCUGCGGGUGAAGAUCCUCAAAGUUUCUGGUAAAAAAAAAAUAAGAAAAAGCUAAUAGUCCCAGAACUUUUUAAUCUUUAUCCGCACUGGAGGGGAUCAAGGCAGUAAUUUUGCUUCACCAGAAACUCUCAAACAGCUGGAAAAACAACGUCCUGCGUCUGUUUCAUGGAAUACAGCACAAAGUAAAUCGACUGUUGGAGAUUCUGACUUUGGUCGUCCCUUCACUUCAGUGUUUUUAGUCUCUUUUAUUAUUUAUGUUGUGUCACGAUCUCACUCCCUCGCUGAAUGUGGCUGAGCUUGUGAUUAAUUAUCAACCAUCAACACGUGUAUUUUAAAGUAAUAUUUUCUAGUAAUUUAUUGUAGCCUUUUUGAAACUUUACAUGGAGAAAGAAGUAAUUUAUUCUCACUCGUGACGUACCUUUUGUUUUCUAAUGAAGUUAAACGAACACGGUAUAAAUCUGUUUUAGGUUAUGAUGCUGUUACGAUCUUCUCAAACUAGACAUGAGGUUCCUUCUUAUACGACAGACUUCCUUUGUGUAGUGAAUUAUUCUACAAGAGCAGGUGUCACUUUGGCAUAUGAUAAAUAUCUAAUUUUGGAGUGCGACUUCGAGUUUUUUUUUUUUUGCUAGAAUAAGAAGCAAAUUUUACAGUAACCGGACUUUACUGUCAUGAAGACAAAGCUGACUUCUUCCAGCAGUUCAGACGUUGCUUUUACGGACAAUAAGACACGACGGAUGAUUCAUACGUGGUGCUCCGAUCCAAAAACACUGAAUAAUAUACGUUUUCUGCUACUGGAGUGGAAGACUGAGACACAGCCGGUGUUUCAGUGGAGGCUGAUGGGAAAGUUAGCACUUUACUCUCUGGUUUGGUCCUUUCAGGAGACUCUCUGCAUAUAUAUUUAUCUGAAGACGUGCCUACUGUAGCCUCCCACCGCUGUGAUCUCCGUGGACCGGUGUGCCGCCCACGCUUCAUGAAUGCAGUGCGCUCUUUCGCCAACUUGAAGGCAAUAAAAGGAUGAAGCUGA